AUGAUAUCGCAGUUCCCCUCUAAUCAUCAAGAUCAGUUUGACUUUAAAAGAUCGAAAGAAUCGCCAAGAUCAUCAUCAUCAAUUAAUGACCUGCCUGACCUUGUAUUGGUUGAAAUCCUUUGCCGACUUCCUCUGAAAUCCACUUUUCAAUGCAAGUGUGUCUCCAAAAGUUGGUAUGUUCUCAUGUCUAGUCCAUAUUUUGUACAUCUUCGACGUGAACAACAUCGUGAAGACCAACUUAGUCUGAUUUUCUCAGAUAAUGCGAAGAUUCCAUCGGAUGAUGAUGGGGCAAACACAAAUUUCAUUUCAAUAAACAAACAUCCGGUAUUCAAAAUACGCACCAAACGCAACUUCUCUUUCAGUUUCCUCCCCUGUUUUGGUUGCACAAGAACAGAACCACUUGUGGUUGGGACCUAUAAUGAUCUAGUUUGUUGCUGCGCAACUUGGCACAAUCAAUGUCACUACUACAUCUGCAAUCCCUACACCAAGCAGUGGGUCGCUCUUCCUCCCACCCCUCAAUGUCACAAGGAGGUACGGGCGGGAUUCAUAUGCCUUCCUAAGGAAGAAGACGGUGAUCGAAAACAAGAAUACUACAAGUACAAGAUUGUGCAAAUAAUAAUCCCGGAUGACUUAGGUGAUAAUUCCUCAUUUGAAUUCAACCUGCAGAUAUUUUGUUCUGAGAGUGGCAAAUGGACGGAGGCAGUUGCAUCAAGCCCACGUAGCUUUUGUGCGAAUCGUUUGUUGUGCGACGCUGUUGUUCACAAUGGGAUGCUGUAUUGGUGGGGAAUUGAUUUUAUUAUUGGUUUCAAUCCUUACUCCAGCGAUACUAGUAGUACGACUACCGAUGUUGAUCGUCAUAUAUAUUGUUGUCGUUUCAUUGGUAAGCCGGUUGAAGAGUUUGCAGGGUUAAUUGCUACUCUAAAUGUGUGCCGAGGGUGCCUGCGGAUAUCCCAAAGGUUCUGCUAUACAAACCCAGUUGGUAGAACUGUCCUUGGUUUUAGUAUCUGGGAGUUCAAAGAUGAUGGUGAUCAAGUCAACGGCGGCAGAUGGUGUUUGUUAGACAGAUUUUACAUCAGACAAAUCAUUGCGAAAGAUCUGCUCAUCUCUAAAUGGUAUCAUGGCAGGUACUGGGAAAAAUAUAUUAUGGUACUAGGUUUCAAUCCAAAUAACGACGACGUCUUGUAUCUAGCAAUUUGUCAACACCUAGUCAAGUACAACAUUCGUACUGGAACCUUAAAGAGGGUUAUACUAUGUCCUUAUAACGGUACUACUUGUCCUGGAAAACGUGUUUUUCCAUUUGUGAUUCCAUGUUGGCCAACGCUACAGCACCAAUAUGCAUACGCAUGUCCAUCAUGA